AUGUCUAUGUCCCUUGCCCAUGCCCGCGAUCUUCUAAACGCCGGCAGACCCUACAAUGCCGCUUGGCGAGUGGUUCCCGGACCUGACCGAGACAACUACGACAUCAUCGAAUCUAAAUGCCGCGAGGACCGCAGAUGGCUUACAAACGCGGCGCCUAUCGCGGCUGGAGAGAAAGACGGAGUCAAGCUGUCGAGUGUCUGGCGGGCAGCGCAGCCAGAGUCGAUACGUGUAUUCAACGACGCCACCGAAGCGGCCGAACACUACGUGAAGCAAGACGGAAAACGCAGACACAAUUUUGCAGAGAACCGUAGGUGGCGUGAAGCCGAUGAUCUGUUCCACACGAUGCAAGUCAAGGUCUGUCAGGGCAAGACGGUCACCGUUCGACAGGACCUGACCGAUUCGCGAUUCUACUGCAAGCACAAAGGGGGGACUCCCAUCUUCAACUACGAGCCACCGAGGCGGCGCAUCACCGGGCAGAGCUACGCGACAAUCACGAUGUCGGCGGAUGGUGUCGUUGAGCAUCCCAGGUCGCCCCCUAUCAGGGACUCUGACGCGCCAGCUGACAGGGGCGAGUUCACGUACAACGGUCAAGUUCCACGGGCUCCGAAAGAGUACAUAGCGCGGCUCUGCACACUCUUACCGCACGCUGUCCGCGCUCUUGUUUGCGUGGUAGCCUGGGAAGGAGGCAGGGUAGGACUCCCAGAGAUCAACCUGGCAUCGCUCCCCAGUCUCUGUCCGAUAGAAGGAUUGGUGAGGCUGGUUGAGCUCUGGAACAUCAUAUUCGGGGAAAUAGCCCCAGGGCGGAUCUGCGAGCAACUGGAGAGGAAUAGGGUGCUCACGGAGACGGCCUAUAUCCUGAAUGAACUCGAGGCGAUAGGAGGGACGAUCGACCUCAGGGCGAACCUCAAGAUGCUGAGACACAGCGUUUCGUACAUGAUGGGACUUGAGAUUAAAGAUGCAGCACGUCUAGAGAGUGAGUUCAUGAAGAAAGAAGCUUUCCAUGAGCUCUUUGAUCCCAGAAGCACCAAAGUCUGCUUCAUUUGGGCAAACUCACGCUCGCUUAAUCGCAUUCAACAAAAUUAUUAA